AUGAAUAUCCAGAGCAUCGGAGAAGAAUCUAUUCAUAACAUAUGCAGCAGCCAAGUUAUAUUCACACUUAGUAGUGUAGUAAAAGAGCUAGUAGAAAACAGCAUAGAUGCAGAAGCGAGUGAAAUAAAAAUAAAGCUAGUUGAAAAUGGAAUAAAAUUAAUAGAAGUGAAUGAUAAUGGAGCAGGGAUUAGGAAAGCCAACUUCGAAAAUGUGUGUGCAAGACAUGCAACAUCAAAAAUAAGUGAAUUCGAAGACAUCCAUAGUACUUUAAAUACUUUAGGAUUCAGAGGAGAAGCAUUAAAUUCUUUGUGUAUGCUAAGUGAUUUACAUAUUGUAACAAAACAUGAUGAGAGCACCCAUGGGUAUUUACUAAAAUUUGAUAAACUUGGGAGACUGAACCAAGAAGAACCAAUUGCAAGAUUAAGAGGAACGACUGUUAGUUGUGAAAAUAUCUUUAAAAAUAUUCCAAUUAGAAAAAAGGAUUUUAUAAAAAAUAUAAAAUCUCAACUAUCUGAUUUAUUACUACUAAUGCAACAGUAUGCAAUUAUUUAUUGCCACAUUAAAUUUAUAAUACACAACAUUGUGACAAUAAAAGGUACUGUAAAAAAUAUGAACAUGUUAAUAACAAAUGGUGGUAAUGAAAGUGUCAAAAAGAGUAUAUACACCAUAUAUGGGAAACGAAAUAUCGGAAAUCUUAUUGAAUUUAACAUUGACAAUGAAGAAUGGAAGGUUAGGGCGUACAUAAGUGAUAAUAAUAGUGGACGUAGAGAUAAAGAUAUUCAGUUUUAUUACAUAAAUAGUAGACCCAUACAUGUAUUAAAAAGUGUUAAUAAAAUUAUUAAUUCUAUUUACAGAGAGUUUAAUAGUAGAAUGUAUCCUAUAGUUAUUUGUAACAUUUUGUCUGAUAUCAAAAAUUUUGAUAUUAACGUAACUCCUGAUAAAAGAGAGGUUUUUUUUAUUUUCGAAAAUGAAUUAUGCGAACACAUUAAGACAUCCCUAGUUAGGUUACUCACUCCCCAAACUAGUGCCUUGAUUGAUACGCACAUUGGUGAUUAUUUUUUAAAAGCGAACAAUAUACAACCGCAGAAAUUACGGGUCAAAGAUGAGCUAGCUAACUGCCAGGGUCAUACAUAUGAAACAGCUGACCGUUCAGGUGAAACCGCCAAUCACACGUACGAAACGGCUGAGUGUUCAGGUGAAAUUGCUUCCCACACAUGUGGCACCGCGCGGCAUGACACAUGUUUUGGUUGCACCGAAAAGGACAUACUCCUUGCACGCCCCACAAGAGAUACAUACCAUGAUAUCUAUUCCCCAGGAGAAACAAGCGAGGUCGUGAUAAAAAAUGAGGAAAAUGCACAUACGCAGGUUGAUCCGACAAGAGAAAUGGGCACAAAACAUCAAAGAAACAGUGAUAAGGAUAAUUCUAACAAUAAUAAUAAUAGUAGUGGUGAAAUUAAUAAAGAUAGUAAUAGGAACAUGGAUCAUGCCAGUAGAGAGUCGAUGAUCAUGUGGAAUUCCCAAAAUGAAAGUGACAAAAUUGCAUAUCGAAACGAAGAGGAUUUUCCUUCUCAAAAAUCCGAGAAUAUGAAGCAAGAGGAGAAAGAAAAGUGCCCAAAAUAUUUACACAGCUCUGUUAAUGGUCAUGUAAAGAAAGAAUAUAAUAAGGGAGGAACCCCCAAUGCACCAUUUUAUGAGAAUAAGCAUAAUAGUAAUACUUUUGUCGUUAAUGAGAUGGAAGUUUCAAGUAUCCAUCAUUCUAAUAGACGUACACAACAGGGAAAUCAGAUCCAAGAAGGGUUGUGGAAAAAUGGGACUGUUCAGGAGGAAGACAUAUGUCCAUAUGUGAGUACUGGAAUAUCUUGUAAUGAUGACGAUGCGAAUGUUAAUGAGUAUCAAAUGGAGGAAGAGGCAAAUUCUUAUGCACAGGUUUAUGAGUACAAAAUGGAGGAAGAUGCGAAUUCUUAUGCACAGGUUUAUGAAUACAAAAUGGAGGAAGAUGCGAAUUCUUAUGCACAUGCUUAUGAGUACAAAAUGGAGGAAGAUGCGAAUUCUUAUGCACAGGUUUAUGAAUACAAAAUGGAGGAAGAGACGAAUUCUUAUGCACAUGCUUAUGAGUACAAAAUGGAUAACAGCUCUAAUUCUGAUCUACACAAACAUGAAGAAAUAAAGGGAGAUAAUAACCACCACUGUGAUGCAGCCUACGGAAAUAGUAGAGACUUGGUCACGUUAGAUGCACAACCAGAAAAAGAACAUGGAAGAAUAAGUAACAGAGAGAAUGCAAAUUCAUCUGAAUACUCUUUUGAAGAUUUAAAAGAAAACAUAAAAAACAGCUGCAUUAAAAGCAUCCCCAUAGAUAUCAACAUGUACAUAAACAGAGAACAAAUGAAGAAUGGAUUUGAUUAUGAUCAAAUACAUGUAAUAAAUUUAACUAAUAGCGAAAAAAUUAAGAACAUAAUUUUUCAAAAGAAGAAAGAACAAGAGAAGGUAAACAAUUAUCUAUGCUUAACUGAUGAACAACAGGUGAAUGAAUACUCAGGUUUGUUUAAUAGCAGUUUAAACAUAAAGGAGGGAAACAGCACAGGCGGUGAUGUCAUAACCGGAACUGGAACCCGAACUGGAACUGGAAAUGAUGAAGAUAUCAACUUCAGUAACAUAGACGAGAAGCAGAAGGAUUUAUAUUUUAACUCCAACUUGUUUGAGAAACUUAAAAUAUGUGGCCAAUUCAACAAAGGAUUUGUCAUUUCUAAAAUAGAUUUGUUAUACUUUCGAAACGAGUGUACAGAUAAAAAAUGUGAGAAUACUGCUGAUGUAGGUAGUAUUACUGUGGGCCCAAGAGCAGGUACAGUAGGACCCGAUGAAAUCAGUAACGAGAAUAAGCAGGAGAAUAACUACGCUCUAUUCAUUAUAGACCAACAUGCAGCAGAUGAAAAAUCCAAUUUUGAAAAGUACAACAAAAUAUUUACAAUGAAAUCGCAAAAGUUAAUUAGCAAAAUUGAUUUGGAGUUAAGUCCUGCACAAAUUUAUGUCAUCGAAAAAAAUUUCGAAAUUUUUUUGCAAAAUGGAUUCGAUAUAGAAAUUGUAGAAGAACCCGUUUUGAAAAGGAGGAAGAUUUCUCAAAGUUUCGAAAUGGACACGAAUUAUGCGAUUCAAGAAGGAGAAGUAGGAGAAAAGGGAGCAGUAGGGGACGUAGGAGAAAAAGGAGCAGUAGGGAGCGUAGGAGAAAAAGGAGUAGUAGGAAGCGUAGGAGAAAAAGGAGAAGAUGGCGAUGAUACUCUAAUGCAAGUAAAAGUUUACUUAUUGUCCCUCCCCGUAUUCAAUGGAAAAAUGUUGGAGGUCGAAGAUUUUAUGUCUCUGCUUCAUCACUUGACGGAGCACCCCAUUACAUACGACAAGGAAAGUUUUCAGAUGUUCAUAAAAAAUAAGGGACAAACAAAUAGGACGACUGACACGUGGUUUAAUUAUAACUUCCCUCGCCCUCAGAAGGUUUGGAGGAUCUUGGCUUCCAAAGCCUGCAGAAACGCAAUUAUGGUUGGGAAAACUCUGAAUGUAGCAGAAAUGAUUAAGAUUAAAAAAAAGUUAAGUGUACUGAAAAAUCCAUGGAAUUGUCCCCAUGGGAGGCCAACCAUAAAAUAUAUUAUAAAUGACAUGGAUAUAAAAAUUUGCUUCAAAAAUUACUACAUAAAAUUGUACGACGAAAUUACAAAUUUAAUUUUGACAAAAAAUUACGAUGCAUAUAAAUAUCUCUUUCAUAAUCAUGUAUUCUUUUUAAUUAUGUCUUCCAAGCCUCUACUUGGCCCUCUCUUAAAAUUUCAAUAA